AUGUCUCACAAACCCGGUGGCUACUUCUACUAUCGAUACACAUACAUGUGCCCUUGGACAGACACGGCCGGACAAAGCGGUACAGACAACACAUACCACUCUGCUGUUUACACUCCGGUGCGGAAGCAAGACCACACGGCACAAACCACUUGGUACAAUAACACAGCCAUGCCCGCUGUGAAGGCCGAUAUUGAAAAGAACUUUUACGGUGAUGCAGAUCGAAACAGGCAAGGCAGAGUCUAUGAGCGUUACAACCAGCAUGUCAACCUGCCACCAUUCACUACCCUUCGGUUUUCGCCUAUUUUUUUUCUCUACGUGGGCCUGCCGAAGCCGUACGACUCGAUUCUGGCGGGAACACCGGGAGGUGGGCGAACUAAGCAGGCGUGA